GACGCGGCAGUCAAAACAGACACAAAAUGGCUGCCAUAGGAGACGAAGCCGCUGCAAUGGACAACAUUUCCAGGUCGCCCCGGGCUAAUUCCGGUCCUCCGAACGCCGCCGACGAUGUCAGGAGUCACGGGGAAAGCGCAGAGGACGUGAAGGAAGCACCGGCGCCUGUGGUUAAAAAACCCAACACCAACAGUGAUGGUGGUGUGGAAACGGCAGAAGAAGCCGUGGAGCCUGCAGAGCCUGACAUCAAUGAGUUGUGUACCGACAUGUUUGAAAAGAUGGCUGUAUUUCUUCAAGGAGAACUCACAGCGACCUGCGAGGAUUAUCGCCUGUUGGAGAACAUGAACAAGCUAACUAGUCUGAAGUACAUGGAGAUGAAAGACAUCAGCAUCAACAUCAGCCGAAAUUUGCAGGAUUUAAACAAUAAGUAUGCCAGCCUCCAACCCUACCUGGACCAGAUAAAUCAGAUUGAGGAGCAAGUGUCUUCGCUGGAACAAGCUGCUUAUAAACUUGACGCAUAUUCAAAAAAACUAGAAGCCAGAUUCAAAAAACUGGAGAAGCGAUGAAGGCAGCAACCGUAGCUUUCCAUCUGUCACCCGGUCUAACCCUACUUGACGACAAGGCGACAGGACAGAAACUGACACUCGAGGUCACUUUGACUCCUAGAAAACGAGUUAUUGAGGAUUGAGCGGCUCAAGGCUGCUGUGUUUGGGCUUAGAUUUGAACAUUCAUAAUCGCUGAGUGACGCAGCAAAGAUUGUACAACAAUGACUGGGCACUUUGUUUAAAGCGCAACAGCCUCAUCCUGGCUGAGUAGUAGCCCAGGAGUUCAUGAUCUGCACUUGUUUAACAUCACUUAUCAAAUGUAGAUAGAUGGUACAUGAAGCAUGGUCACAGACUACUGAAGGCAGUCCUCCUACUCCUGAUUAGUAGCCUAAAAUGUAUUUAAAAUGAGUUAAGUGUUUGACAUUAUUCAAUGUUGUAAUUUUCUAAUAACACUUUUUUUUUUUAAUGAAGUGAUGUGCACUUGAUUGCACAGAGUUGCCCUUUACUGACCACAACAUAAGGUAAACAUGCACAAUCUAAUUAAGAUGUACAAUAGCUCUAUCAGAAAUGAUGCCUAUUCAAAGAUACUAAUCCUCUAUUUUGCUUGAUGCUGUCCACCCUGACAGUAUGGUUUUUAAUGUGGUUGUCGCACUAAAAGCUGUUAUGAUAUCACUACACUAAAGGAUGAAAAUAGUGGAAUUUUUGACAGCUCUUGUAUUAGUAAAUGACAAAGCGUUCUACCAUGCAAGUACCGUUUGUUCCAUAUAACAGUGUUACAUGGCAAUAGAGGUGCAACGAUUAAUAAACUAAUCUAUCAUCAAAUGAAA